UGUCAAGGAAAUCAGUGCAUUUUAUUUAUUGCUUUGCAGUAUUUCAAGAUAAGGGUAUUGGAGUGCUUACCGCUGUGUGACAGACACCGGAUUGGCCAGGCAUAAUGUUAUCACCUCGUUCAAAAAGAUCCUGGUCAAUAUUAUGAGGUAAUACAGUAUAUGAGCUACCAAGGUAAGGGUGCUUCAUUUCUAACUAGAACAGUUUUACAAGGAAGGAUAUGCUUGUGUACAUUCACACUGGAAGGGAUUGUGAUCGUUUUUGGAAGAAAAUAUUUUACUGAUUUCAAAGUCAACAGUGAAGCACGUUUUAUUUACACAGAUGUUUUUUUUCACAAGGAACAGCAAUUUGUGGAUAUAUUACACCUACUAGCUGUGAGAAUUCAGUUCAACAUUUCUAUUUCUAAAAAUGACAUUCAACACAAAAAACAAAUAUGGUGAACACUAUCCAGAUUAUGGCACUGGCAACGAGAUUGGUAUUAUGGACACAAGGCACCAACAUGACUAUCACUCUAGCAGUUUUGAACAGCAAUCUCAAGGUUCCUAUACAGGACAUUACCCAGGAGAAACAUGGCAACAAGAGGAUAGAGUUCAUGGAGCAGCACCUAUGAAUGCAGAGCUUGUCCCAGACUAUGAACAGGAAAACAUUGCCUUCACCAGUCAUGGAAAUCGUUUUGCUCAGUAUAAUGACUCAUACUCAGAUGAUAACCAUAUAAGCCCUCGAGGACAGAGGUUGCUUUUGGAAAAUUUGCAAAAAGAUAGGUCACCAGAUGAACAUUUUUCAAGGGAAAGGUCACCAGAAGAUAGAUUUCCAAGGGGAAGGUCACCUGAAGAUAGAUUUUCAAGGGAAAGGUCACCAGACAACAGUUUUCCAAGGGAAAGGUCACCAGAAGAUAGAUUCCCAAGGGAAAGGUCACCAGAGGACAAAUUUCGAAGGGAAGGGUCACUUGAAGAUGGAUUUUCAAGGGAAAAGUCACAUGGUAAAUUGGUAACAAAGCAAAAACUACCAUGGGAAAGAUAUAAUGAUCAUGAUGCAACCUAUGAAUUUGAGAAUUCACAGGAAACAAUGGAAUCGCCUUGGUUCAAUGAUGGAAACCAUGAAAUGUCAAGGUCAUUGGUAACACAAAGCCAGGAAGGUGACAGACAAGAAAUAUUGUAUGAAGAAAUAGACAACCCUGGAUUUGUAGGGUCGGAUGAUGCUGACUUUCAGACAGAGCAGGAAGUUCUUGAUGUCAACUACAGAAGCAACCGCAAUAAUUUUGACUUCUUGGAUGGAACACAAACAAAGAUAUUUCGAAGAAAAAGUAAAAAGUUUCUUGAAUCCAUACAAGGUAAUGAUGACAUUAGCUUGUCAGAUGGAGCUGAUGUAUGUGAUUACCUUCCAAGCCAUCAGCAAAAAGAAAAACAACCACUGCGUGACAAAUUGACACUGCUGCGAGAACAGAAAUCAUUGCAUGGUGUAGUGUCAGUGUACAGAGAUCAAAUUGUUAGAGUUCCUGUGACUGAAGCAACUAGGUUGAAAGCUUGGCAUCACAGACAGAAACAGUCAUGGCAAAGAUUCAAACUUCAUGCAAGGAGCUGGAUCUAUCAACUGGAGCCCUGGUCUGGAGCACUGAAGGAAGUAGAAGGUCAGUUUGGGACUGCCAUCAUGGGCUAUUUCCGGUUUGUUCGCUGGCUCAUGUUCCUGAACAUGUACAUCUGUCUGGUGAACAUCUGUCUGACCCUUGUGCCCUAUUUUGCUUUGUACAAGUCUCCAAGUAACUUCACCUCCUCCUUGAUAGGACUGAACACCACAUUCUUUCAGGCGGAGGCUGUGGACUGUACCCAUGGCUACAAGGAGGAACUCAAUGAUGUGAGAUCUGCGGGCCCUGAUGUGUUCAGCGAUAUCCUUCACUUUUUACAGGGCACUGGCUGGAUGGAGGACACUGUGUUAUUUUAUGGGGCUUUUUUCAACAAGACCUACCUUAGUCCUAUACAUGGUGAAAGGGAGACCUACCACAUGGGGCUGUCAUACCUCCUCGCCACAGGUGUUUCCUUCAUCAUCAGCUUCUUUGUCAUUGUCAAAAACUCCUCGAAGGGAUUGAAGGACACGGCGGUGAUCCAUGGUGCCACCAUGGCCAUGUACUCUAACAAAGUACUGACAGGCUGGGACUUCUGUAUCUCACAGGCCAAGGCUGCUAAAACUAAGCACAGCAACAUAAGUGGAGAAUUCAAGAAAGACUUGGAAAUCCAGCGUUUUAUGUGGAAGAUGGAAAACCGGACGACAGGUGACAAAAUCAAGCUGUACCUUUUACGAACAGUUAUCAAUAUUCUAAUGGUUUUCUUACUUGGAGGAUCCUUAUAUCUCAUCUAUUUAUCUUUUUCACAACUUCUCGUGCUACAAGAGCAGUUCAAUGACACGACCCCAGCACUCGUGUUUGUUAUCCAGUACAUACCCUCCGUGACAAUCACACUCCUUAAUAUCAUCGUACCAAUUGUCUUCAAGAAAGUUGUCCUUCUGGAGGAUUACACGCCAUCGUUUGAGAUGAUCAUGACACUCCUGAGAACGAUUCUGCUGCGUCUCUCCUCCCUGGGUGUGUUGUUGAUAUCUAUAUAUCAGCUCCUACAAAGUGAUGAUCCACAGUAUGAAUACAUGUGUGGCAACAAGAGGUGGUCAUCCAGCCUGGCCUCCAACACCUCCACCAAUGUCUCAGCUGGCAGUAUCAUCAAGUGUUGGGAGACUUAUGUUGGACAGCAGAUCUACAAACUGGUUAUCCUCGACUUCCUUGUCCUCAUCAUUGUCACCUUCAUCGUCGAGCUUCCAAGAAGGCUAGUGUACAAUACAUUCAGUAAGAGGUUCAAACUGAUCGACAUGGUGGGCUUGCCUGAAGUAGAUCUACCCAAGGUGGUUCUAGAUAUUGUUUAUGCACAAACUCUUUGUUGGAUGGGUCUCUUCUUCAGUCCUUUGAUACCAUUCAUGUGUUUCCUGAAGUGUUUUAUUGUGUUUUAUGUCAAAAAGUUUACUCUGUUAAACAACUACGUGGCUCCCACUCGUCCUUACAGAACAACACAUUCCAACUCCCUCUUCAUAGGCAUGCUCUUCAUCUCCUUCCUGAUGGCAGCCAUCCCCAUCACCUACAUGGUUGGCAACUUUAACCCUUCCCAGAGCUGUGGCCCAUUCCGUGUAUACGCCACCAACCAUACUGUAUUCUUUGACACCGUGGCACAUGUUAUCUUGGAAUGGCCUCAAGAGGCUCAGGAUGUGUUUUUCUUCCUUGGCAAGACCAAUUUCUUUAUACCAGCAAUACUAGUGAUGUGCUUAAUCAUGUAUUACUACUGGGCGGUCAAGGAGGGACUAACAAAGAUGGAGAAAAUGCUUCAGGAACAAUUGAAAUUGGAGGGGCGUGAUAAGCAGUUCCUGUUGGCACGUGUCAAUGAGAUAGUGCAACACAUGGACACAGGGGGCGCCACUAAUGGAUGAAGGGUAUCACGUAGUGCAACACAUGAACACAGGGGGCGCCACUAAUGGAUGAAGGGUAUCACAAAGUGCAACACAUGAACACAGGGGGCGCCACUAAUGGAUGAGGGGAUCAAAUAGUGGAACAC